AUGUUGAGAUGGAGGUGGGGCAAUCUUGGUGGCAUCAAUUUCAUACUCGAUUGGAUGAGGCCCGUAGGGGUUCGAGCGACCAGUGCUUCUCGUGAAUUCAGCAGACGCAGUGAACAUGAGGGCCAAGAAGCCAAGAAGAAGGCGACCUCAGUGCGCAAACUUAACAAAGUCCGGCCUCGGGCCUUUGUAUAUGUCUCCGGAGGAAGGCUCUCGAGUGGAGAGCCCUUGUUAAGCUCGAUCUGGGUAGCACGCAAAAACAUGGAAAACGUGGACGAUGGGGUGAUCUAUAUCGAUGUCAUGAGUUGGCUGCUAUCUCCAAGCCAGGAUGGAUGCAAGGAGGAUGACGACCAGGAUGAAAGGAUGCUCGAGAACCUGGGCCAACUGAUCAUACAUAUCAGACCGUCUUUGGUCGAUCAACUCAUCAUGGCCAUCCUUCAUUCUCCUCGGUUAUGGUCGAUCGGCGUACGUGGGUCGGCCAACCGAGAUGUGGUGGUUGAUAAAGAUAAUGGCGGUGACGAUUCCACGAAGAAGAAGGCCAUCGAACCCUUCCUGUCCAUUUUUCUGAAACUCAAAUUCGCUUGCUCAACCAAGUUCCACCGAUCAAGUUUACCACAACAUUCGAACCUUUCGACUUUUCCGGUCCUUACUGGCCCUGAUGAUGCCCAUCAAAAUCGUCUUCAAUUGAAGCCAUCAACCACCAAAUUUAUUGAACGCUGGAGAGCCGUCGUAGUCGGAGGUGCAGAUGAAAAUUCCAGAGCGGGACAGUUCUCCUACUUCGACCUCCGGCAACUCUGCUUGAUGGCGGCCUUGCUUAUAUCAAUCAAAUCAUUCGAUCUUACGUCGGCAUCCCUGCGUCUGCAAAGCCUCAUCGAACGAGACUGUAUCAAGUUCAUCAAGCGUUCAAUUCAUCAGACCCAGUCAGCUACAUCGAAUGUGCAACCCGUCACUUCUUUUGAUCGAGAUUCAGCAAUUACCUGGUUGGCGGUACAAAUCAUUCCAUCAAUCACUCCAAUCAAUUUGGCAGAGUCGGGAACGAACGAUAUCAAUUACCACCUCGCCAAAUCGCUAUUCAGAGUAUUCGUAAAUGGUCAUCUGUUCAAUCAUUUGUCCACAAGUCUCGAUCUGACCCCUCAUUCCGUCAACCUUCGCCCCCAAUCAACUACCGACGAAGUUCUCAAAAACAUUUCCAAUGAUGUACUGGCACAAAUCGUCUUAUCGAUCUCAUUAAGCAUCUCUCGGUUGAUUGAACACACCACCAAGACCUCUGAUCUGAAAUCCUUUUCAGCCGAUCUUACAAGUCUAGCCGAUUUGACCGAAGAGAUCCAUGGGAGCUGGCUCACAGCAACGAGGUCUUAUGAUCAAGUCCAUCUCCCUGAAUUCAAGGAAAACUCCAUCUCGACGAAAGAAAAUCAGACCGAUCGAUGGCUCAGGAAUAUCUUUUUCUCCUGCCUGUUGAUCCUUGGCGGCCUUGUCAACAAGCUUGCAAUUCGGGGCUUCUCAAAUUCGAUGGCGGAAGCUAUCCUGUCGCCUGCAUUCCGGAUCUUAAGCCAGGUCCACUUCAUCACUCUGAGAUUUUCAUCCGACAAGCUUUCAACACAUGCCGCCGUUUUUGAUACACUCGCUACACUUCUCAAACCACACCCCGGACUUGCGAACCUUAUUUUGAAGGAAUGCCAACCUUCUCUGAUGGAGCCACAAGAUGUAAGGGAUCCUGUGCGAAUAUCACGAGUUGUUUUCUACUUCAAUCUCAUCGAAAGAUUAACUGGAUCAGUCAUUCAAGAGGAGUAUCUCGAGCAAACCGUCGUGCCCUUGGUUUGGGCCUUCAUCAACCGAGCUCAAGUUGGUUUUUACGCCCAUCUUGCCUUAUUGAGCGUCCUGGAAUUCUGCUCGAAGGAUAUUGUCAUGAGUUUGGCCAACAAAUACUUUGAAAUAUUAAUUCAGGACAUAUCACUAGAUCAAUCAUCCGUUUUGAGUUUCGACCAACAGAAAGUCGCAUGGAAAAAUUUGCUCAAGUCGGUGUCGAAACAUUCACGCUCUAAAACUGAAGAGUUAACAUCGAAAUUAAUCGAAUCCAUCAAGAUGCUCGAUCCACCCGUUCGGAUGAUUCAGCCUACUGAGGAGAAUGGUCCAAAAAAUGACAAGACAGUCAAUGAUCAAAGCCAUAACCACCAGAAUGACCAAAGGAAAAAACUAUACAAGUUACUGAUAUGCGAGAUCGGCGAGCUAAAUUAUGAUGAAACUGAAGAAGAGACGACCAAGUUCUUGGACACAUGUUGGGAUUUGAUCAGGUUUCAGGAGGACUUGGUCGAGUUAUUCGAAGUCGGUUUGAACCAACAAUCCUUCAAGAUCUCUGAUUCACAGCUCUCUAACCCUGGUGUCCGUUGGUGGCUUCAGAAAACCAAGAAAAUCAACUCAUCUGCCGCCUCUGCCAAGCUUUAAGCUCUUGAUGAUCAUCCUCUUUUCCAUCUUGCAAUCCAACGUUCAAUAUCUUGUCUGUAAAAGGCUGAUUCAUUAACCUCAGCAUCUGAUUAACUUUCAAUCCACGUUUCCUCAACAAUUGAAGCAUCCAGAUUAUUGCUCUUCUGCUUAAUUUAUCUUGUGCAUGUUGUUCUACCACAAUCUUUGUUUUACUAUCCUGAUCUACAUACAAGCCAAUAUCGAGACCAAACGGAAUCAAGGGCUG